UACAAUAUCUAGAAAAAAAGAUUUGGAAGAGGGAUUAUUAUAACAUUAUUACUCAUAAAUAAUUAAAUUAAUUUACUAGUUUACAAAAUCAAAUUAAGUGGUUAUAACAAUUAUAAUUAUAUACAUAAAUGUAUCAAUAGGGCGUUUGCAAUUCGUGAAGUGUUGCUGAAAAAAUCGAAACCAAGAAAAAAAGUUUUGCAAUCAACAAUAUUAAUUUAUUUGCGUGUUUAAUAUAUUUUUGUUCGUUUUGUUUAAAAUAAAGUAGAAGUUAUAAUAAUUAAUAUAAAAAACGAGUAAUGCAGUAAAAUACAAAAUUUCAAGGUUUCUGAAUGCUGCGCUAAAAUUUCGGGUCACAACAAAAUACAACAACAAAAACGUGUGAUUUUGCAAAGAAAGGCAAUAAAAGUAGAACAAUUUUUGGGACAAAAGAAAAUGAAAAACAAGUUCAUAAUUAAAUAAAAAAAAACAUAUUAAUGACUAACAACGAAAUAUCCUUCACAUUAUAAAAUAAAUAAAUUUACUCGUAAAACCUUAUAUAUAUAUAUACCAUUAUAAAUAAUAAUAGAAAAUUAAUAGAAAAUGUUUAGAAGAAGAAAGUCGAAAGUAUAAAGCAAAUAAAAAAUUAACGGGACACUCGGAAUCCAUUUCAAAUGUCCUAUAAUUUGAUGUUGACAACAACAACAACUGUUAAAAAGGCGCACAAAUAUCAGAAAGAAGAAGAAAUUGGCGCACUUGAACUCCAUUUUAAAUAAAUAGUGGAGGGUGAAUCAAUUUAAACUGCGGCUGUAAUUUAAUUAUAAUAAAAAGUUUUUAUUUUACACUGAAAUGAAAUAAUUUAGAAAUAAAAAAUCGUCUGAAAUAUGUUGAUGCGUUGAUUUGCACAUCAUUGGCUGAGUUAUAAAUAAUUAAGAUAAAUAAAUACAUUUAAUAAAUAGUUGCAGUAAACCUUUCCAAACAACCCUCAAUACUGAGAAACAAUCCGAAUAAUAAAAUGAAGUACUCUGUAUCAGAACAAGCCAGUUCAUGUGCCAAACUUGAUAUAAACAGUAAUAAAACUGGAAGCAUGUCAUCAUUAUUAUUUUGUGACCAGGUUAAUGCAGUAACCAACUUAUUUGACCAGUGGAAUGAAUGCGAGCGCAGUGUCGUUAUGUAUGCCUUACUUAAGAGGCUACGGUAUCCAAGUCUUAAAUUUAUACAGUAUUGUAUUGAAAGCAAUUUAACGCAGAACUUAGGUUCGCAGUCAAAUUUGAGUACUGUAGUUGUUGACAUAAAUGCGAAUAAUCCAUCGUAUUUGCAAAAUAUUUUAAAUGCAUAUAAAACAUUUCAUCUGACCGACAUUGUGGAUACGAUGUCCUCUUCAUCAUCUGACAAAGAUUCUGUGUCUUGCUACGGAUCUGAUUUUCAACUUACAAAUUGUGAUGAAAGAAAACUUUAUGGGAAAAAGGAGGAUAUAUUACAUGAUAUUAUUAAUAUGUUGCCAUUAUUGAAGCCAGGUAAUGACGAAGCUAAAAGUAUAUACUUAGCAUUAGUACCUAUAGCAGUUAAAGAUACAAUGACGCAAAUAGUACCACCUGAGUUGGUGCAGCAAAUAUUUUCAUACAUGUUGAUUCAUCCAGCUAUAUCCAAUGAGGAUAGAAAGUGUUUAAAUGCUUCUUUACGACAUUUAGAAGAACAUUUGCAAUCUAAGGAAUGCAAAGAUUUAUUGUUACCCUCACAAAAUAAUAGCAGUCAUGAAAACUCAAAUGUUGAUAUUACUGCAAUGACAACAUCUGGCUCUUCUACUUCUUCGUCGUGCUCCGCAACAUCAUCAGUCUGUUGUUCAUCUAGUUCAAAUGCAACUACAACUUCGUCGAAAAUUAGUUUGGGAAGUAGCUCUGCAACAACAUCAUCUAUUAAUCGUAAUAUUGAUUGGCAAACAAUAGCACCUCCAAAUAAACAGCACCAUCAGAUGCACUCAAAAUCUCUAAAUGAUUGGACAGUAACUAAACCAAACCUUGCAUGUGGCGGUAGUGUAAAUAGCUCCAUUGCUGAUCAAUUCUGUGAUAAACUGAAUGGUAUUACAUUAAACGAAUUAGGUUCUAGUCAAAAUAGUUUAGGUUUGUCGAUUAAAAACACAUUGGUAAAUUCUCAUACCGAGAGUUUAGCAUUGGUAAAUGGAGUUGCAGCUGCUGCGUCCGUGUCAACAACUCAAAGUUUAUUUGGAGGAAAUACAAACCCAAUAAUUAAUAUAAUAAAUAACAACGGAGAUGAUCACGAUACAUCCUUUUCGAAAAAUGGUACAGAGAUCUUAGAUUUUGAACCAAAUUCUAAUAGAAACUCAUGCGGCAGUUGCAGCAGCGGUAACAAUAGUCUCGGUAUCCAUGAGCCAUCACAUCAUCUUGGUUAUGCUUCCAUUUUAAUGAAUAAUUGUGAUCAAUUGGAAUUAAAUCGGUGGAGUUUAGAUAGUAAAUUGGCUGCACUAAAAACGCGCCGAUCAAAUAGUCUUACUACACAGACCUUAUCUUCUUCAUCAUCUUCUUCCAAUUCUUCUGUGAUUACAGUCAACGAUAAUUGUUCAAAUUCAACUGAAAAUUUGGCACAAUUUGCUAAUAAACCACGCAGUUUCUCACUAUCGAUUGAACAUCAACGUAGUACACUUACAAAUAGUGGUUCAGAUACACGGUUGGAUGAUUUUAAACCAAAUUAUAUAAAAUUCCAAACACGUAACAUUGGCAUGUCUAGUAUUGGAUUAUGGUUAAAAUCCUUACGACUUCAUAAAUACAUCGAUCUCUUUAAAAAUAUGACGUAUGAAGAAAUGUUACAAAUAACGGAAGAAUAUUUACAAAACCUUGGAGUUACAAAGGGUGCUUCUCAUAAAUUAGCCUUGUGCAUUGAAAAACUAAAGGAAAGGACAAAUAAUUUAAUUAAAAUAGAAGUUGAUCUCAGUAACGGACAUAUAAAACUUCAAACUGCUGUCGAGGAAUUAGCUAAUAUUGUGUUAACGCCAAUGAAGCCGGUAGAAGCUAUUAACGAAAAUUUAGGAGAAGAAAAUGUGGCUUUGCAUUUCUUGAAAGUAAUUGAUAUUGUAUGUACCAUUGUCCAAAAAGAUCUAUAUGUAGCUCAGGAUGACGAAAGUUUAAGCGUUAUAAUGUGGAUAUUGGACCGUUCUAUACAUAAUGAAGCUUUUGUUAAUCAUCUUAAUCAACUAAAGGAUCUUAAAUUUAAAUUGUCCAAACUAAAAAUGUCCAUUGCGCCAAAACUGCAUCAUGUUAAAAAUGGAAGUGGAGGCAGUUUGAAUAAAGCAAGAUGGAAUGGGAAAAGUCGUAAAUUAGACUCAAAAAAUGGAAGCAAUGAUCGCAUCAACCAUCGUAAAAAUUCUAAUGACAUGCUAAAUUUUUCGCUAAGCUGCCUUCAACCUCAUAACCAUCAGCAACAAAGUGAUUUCGAUAAGUAUCACAUUGGCAAUAAUAAUAACAACAACAAUAACAAUCAGCAUCAAUAUAAAAGCUCGUCUUAUCCAAAUUUUAUAAAUAAUAAUCAUCAGCAAGUAAAACACCAACAACAAUUACAACAGCAUCAAAAGCAACAACAACAGUUUCAGCAACAAAUACUUCAACAUUCUACACAUUUUCCAACAUUACCUCAACAACAGCAACUACAAGUAUCACAACAACAUCGACGUUCACUUAACAAUUUAAUUGUGGUCUCAGGUGGACCACAGCAACCACAGAAAGUUGUUUUCAAGCCUGGCCAAGGUAUCUUAUCAGUGGCAACCACAACGUCAGCUGAAAAUUUGCAAAUGGAAAAUGCUAUGAAAAACCAACAACGAAAAGCAAGUCUUAACGGCAUUAGUAAUAAUUUAUCGGUGUCAUCAUUUUCCACAGUUAACGUAAACGCAACAUCAUCGCCAGAAAAUCAGCAGGCUAAGAAACAAAUGGCGACAGUUGUUAUGGUUAGUAGUGAUGAUAUUAGUACAGUAAGUAGUGUACCCAACAAUGUUAUUAGUAAUCAGACAGCUCAAAUAAUGUUCAACAAUACUAGUAAUGCCAGUAACAAUAAUAAUAAUAACAACAAUAAUAAUGUUGUUAAUAAUAAUCUUGUAUGUCAGCAGCAACAACAACAGUUUAUGCAACAACAACAGCAAUUGCAAUUACUAGCUGCAGCUGCUGCUGCAGUUGGAAGUAGUUGUAAUUUAAAUAAUUCAAAUAAUAUUGUCAAUUGCACUUGUAGUUCGAAGAGCUGCAGUGUCAAUUGCAGUAAGAAUAAUACCAGCAAUACUAGCUCUAGCAGUUGUGUUUGUAAUAGUAGUAAUAAUAUCUGUAGUAAUACUAACAAUUGCAGUAAUUGUAAUAAUUUAGCAGCAACGCCAUAUGACUCAGAGCUUCAACUCAAUCUAAUAAACACAAACACAAAUCAUUUGAACGAAAAAUACAUUGCUACCAGCACUAAUGCUAGCGCGGUAAUUAACGACAUUAAUAGCUUAGAACAACUAGAAACGCUCUGCUUGCAAAUGACUGAACAAGCAAUCAAUUAAAACGUGUAAUUUAGAUACUUUUAUUUGCAGAAACAUUUUAAGAUAUUUUAUUAAUCAGCACCAUAGUGCGCUCGCUAGCCUUAAGGUUUUGUCAUUCAAAAAUAACCAAAAAUAAAAAGAUUUUUUUUAAAAAGUCAAACAUUUAAAGGUCAACAAACCUUUUAGAGAAUUUUUACGCUCAUUUAAAUUGA